AUGAACAUGACCCUGAUGUUUCCCUGUCCUCUCCUAAUGAACGUGACCCUGAGUUUCCCUGUCCUCUUCCUAAUGAACGUGACCCUGAUGUUUCCCUGUCCUCUCCUAAUGAACAUGACCCUGAUGUUUCCCUGUCCUCUCCUAAUGAACGUGACCCUGACGUUUCCCUGUCCUCUCCUCUCUCCUAAUGAACGUGACCCUGAUGUUUCCCUGUCCUCUCCUAAUGAACAUGACCCUGACGUUUCCCUGUCCUCUCCUAAUGAACAUGACCCUGAUGUUUCCCUGUCCUCUCCUAAUGAACGUGACCCUGACGUUUCCCUGUCCUCUCCUAAUGAACAUGACCCUGAUGUUUCCCUGUCCUCUCCUAAUGAACGUGACCCUGACGUUUCCCUGUCCUCUCCUAAUGAACAUGACCCUGACGUUUCCCUGUCCUCUCCUAAUGAACGUGACCCUGACGUUUCCCUGUCCUCUCCUAAUGAACGUGAUCCUGACGUUUCCCUGUCCUCUCCUAAUGAACGUGACCCUGACGUUUCCCUGUCCUCUCCUAAUGAACGUGACCCUGACGUUUCCCUGUCCUCUCCUCUCUCUUAAUGAACGUGACCCUGAUGUUUCCCUGUCCUCUCCUCUCUCCGAAUGAACAUGACCCUGAUGUUUCCCUGUCCUCUCCUAAUGAACGGGACCCUGACGUUUCCCUGUCCUCUCCUCUCUCCUAAUGAACAUGACCCUGAUGUUUCCCAGUCCUCUCCUAAUGAACAUGACCCUGACGUUUCCCUGUCCUCUCCUAAUGAACAUGACCCUGAUGUUUCCCUGUCCUCUCCUAAUGAACGUGACCCUGAUGUUUCCCUGUCCUCUCCUAAUGAACGUGACCCUGAUGUUUCCCUGUCCUCUCCUAAUGAACAUGACCCUGAUGUUUCCCUGUCCUCUCCUAAUGAACGUGACCCUGACGUUUCCCUGUCCUCUCCUCUCUCCUAA